UUGCCGGGUGCCUCCAAGCUGCUGAGCCACCAGCCAAGCCUUUUUCCACAAUCAAAUAACCCCAUUACUUCCUCCUCGGACUGUGAAACCCUCAGGAGCUUCAUAAUGCCGCUUUCUCUGUGGAUCUCUGGUUGGGAGAGGAAUUAAUGUAUGAAUCUUAAUUCAAGCAGUGAUUUGUUUGCUGAGACCAAAGGGGAAGUCCCAGAUGGAGAUGUAAUGUAGAUUGUGGAGAGCUCGACACUACGCCUGGGAGGGCUCAGGAGGUUAUUGAUAUUGUUAGACUGUGGGGACUGCUAUAAACGCAUAAAUAGCUGGAAGACACACAGUCAUCUUGUAGUCUUCCUCUGAAUGCCUGGGUGCAGGUGACCUCCAUUCUGCAGGAAACUCAUCUGUCUCUGCAAACCCUGUAAGGUCAUUGUUCCUUCAGAGACCCCAGCAGGGACAUGACAUCUCUGAAAACAAACUGCUGGCUGCAGUGGCUUACCAUGACUCUGGCCCUGCUGAGUGGAGUCCCUGGAAUACUGGUCGAUGUGGCCCACGAAUGCACUGCACCAUCUACAGCCAAGUACAGAUUGACGUUUACCGGCCAGUGGACUCAGACUGCCUUCCCCAAACACUACCCUCUGUACAGGCCGCCUGCUCAGUGGUCCCCAAUCAUUGGAGUAACUCACAGCUCAGACUAUCACAUAUGGCAAAAGAACGAGUUUGUCAGUAAUGGGGUGAGAGAGUUCUCUGAGAAAGGAGAGGCUUGGACCCUGAUAAAGGAAGUGGAGGCAGCUGGGGAACGGAUCCAGAGCGUCUAUGGCCUCUUCUCAGCACCAGGUGUACUUGGAGGAACCGGCCAGGCAACUACAGAAUUUGAGGUCUAUGCAAGACAUUCUUUACUGUCCUUCAUUGUUCACAUUGUGCCAAGUCCUGACUGGUUUGUUGGAAUAGACAGUCUGAACUUGUGUGAGGGUGAUCACUGGAAAGGAAACAUAAGCCUAGAUCUUUACCCCCACGAUGCCGGCACAGACAGUGGUUUUACUUUUUCCUCACCAAACUUUGAGACCAUUCCUCAAGACAAGGUCACUCAGAUAACCUCAUCAUUUCCAAGCCACCCUGCAAACUCCUUCUACUAUCCCAGACUGAAGAAUCUUCCCCCAAUAGCAAAAGUAUCCCUAACAAAGAUCAAGAACAACCAGAUCUUCAGCUUACCCAUUCAGCCAACUCAGUCCAAUCUGAUUCCAAGUGGAAAUGAAAUAGACAGAUCUCUCAUAAAUACCCCUCUGGACUGUGAGGUGUCUGUCUGGUCACCUUGGGGUCUUUGUAAGGGUCAGUGUGGUGAGAAAGGGGUAAAACACAGAACUCGCUAUAUUCACAUGCAUCCUGCAAACAACGGGGCUGUCUGUCCACUUCUAGAGGAAAAGAAGCUCUGUAUCCCUGACAACUGCGUGUGAAUAAAAAGAGCUGGUCAGGACCUGGUUUAAAAUGGUUAACAGCUUUAAAAAAAUUUUUUGAAACUUUUUAAAGGGAAGGACUGCUUUCUGUAAGAUGUAGUGGGUGAGUUAACAAGUCCCAAGUUAGUUAUGAGGAACUGCAGAUGUCACCAGCAAAAAAGACUUAACAAUAUUUGCCCUAAUAGCAGGAGUUUAUAGACUGAAUUUUCACACACUGUCCUCAUUGAGUCUAAUGCUCUCUGGUGGAAGAAAGACACCAGUGACAUUAUCAAGCUCAAUAAUUGAGCAAAAUCAGUAAAAAUAUGUUGCAUCAGUGGAUGAUAUCUGUACAUUAAUUGCAAAACUGUAUAUAAAAUUGUAAAUACAAAACAAUAAAAACACAUUUCU